UGACUGCAUAUUUAUUACGGAGUACUACUUAUUAUAAAUAUUUAUUUAUAUAUGUUUGUGUGUACGUGUAUGUAUGUAUAUACGUAGUAUAAUUUAGAACAAUUGACAUCAUGAGAGAAAAAGAGAGAUGAAAAUAAAUACGUUAUUUUACAUUGAAGAGUUGUAUAAUUGUGUGAAAUAUAAACGCGCGUGCGAUGUUAUCAAUCAGACAAUACGAUGAUAACUCUAUAAAAACGGAAUCUAAUUGCCAAUUUAAAUUGUACAAUACCUUAAUCAGAAAUAACCAUAAAUGUGAACAAUUAAAUCAAAAUGUACACACAUUCACUUACAUGUUAUUAGGAUAUGUAAUCUAUAUGAAAAAAUAAUAAUUAAUAUUACUCUAAAUAAUGUGAUGAACAAAAAUAUUAUUAGUAAUUAUUACCGAUUAUAAUUGUGCUCAAAUUAACAUCAUAGUAAUUACAUGUAAGCUACUGAGACGUAAAUUGUGAACACAGUUAUAGGCACUAAUAGUUACUUUUUACUAGGUAAUAUUUUGUCUGUGAUUGUUUUUAUAUUCCUAACCGAAUUAUCGUUAUUCAAACUUCAUUUUUAUCUAAAAUGAAGUCAAUGUCCCAUUUCUUUUACGAAUCAGUCUUAAAUAUUACUUUGUGAUCUCAAAUUUGUGCAAAAUAGGGUUAUAAACUUAUUUAUUGAUCUAUAAUACUACGAAUUAUAUACAUUUUUUAAUAUAUAAGAGCGACUUUUUAUAUUAAAAUGGAGAAAACAUACCAGUACAAGACAAUAUCCUGAUAGUUAUGACAGAUGUGAUCAUCAGUUUUAUAAAUCAACUACCUCAUACAAAGCAACCUGAUUCGUUAGACACAAAAUAGAAAAUCAAGCUUACUUCGAAACUUCAAAUCAAACCUAUUCAAACUAAAAUAAAAACAUGUUUCGCCUUAUGACAGAUUUCUGUUUGUGCAGCUCAAUAGAAAGACAGAAAAUCCUGAUAAGGCGAAACGCACAUAUUUAUGGAUUACCCUACUCCUAAAACUAAUUCUUAACCAAAAAUGAACUCUGCGAUCUUGUGAAGCAGCCGCACUGAUAAAAUUAUCUAGCAUUGAAAUGAGUGACACCCUUAACCACCACAUAACAAAAACGAAGGGUAUGUUUGGCAUAAUUAGCUGAAAAGAUACUUUUAUGAGCUUUUUAGUAACUGUUGACUCUUUGUGACUGAAAAGAUCUUAAAAGCAAAAGGUGGUAACUGUUUAAUAAAAAGCUGACUGUUUGAUUUAGUUCUGUUUGGUAUACAAGCUGUUAAGACAAAUUAAUACUGAAAGCUACAGACUUUUUCCAGAUGCUACUCACUGUAGCAUCUCAAAAAAGAUCUUUUAUUUUUUAAAAAGCUCUUAAAACUUGACUUGCCAAACAUACAACUAGAAGCUUUUAAAGACUUUUUAAAUAGUACGGAAGCUAGAAGUUAGUGACUUAUGCCUACCAAACAUGCUCGAAAACAAUAAACAAAUCGUGUGUAUAUCAUUUUGAAGAAAAGACCCUUUUAAUGCACCACUAUUCCGGAUAUAUACAUACACUUCCAAGUAUUCAAACUUCUCAAAUGUACUUCGUAUGAAAUUACAAAAUACACAUUUGGAUGUUAAAAAGAAAUAAAAAAUUUAUUAAUUUUUCUUUUAUUUUUCAGUUAAGAAAAAAAUGAGUUUGUGUAGAUUUAGACUAGUUAUGGAGGCAAUAUGGAUUAAAAUUUUGAGUUUCAUAUUUCCUGAGUCUAAAAAGCUCCAACAGUUUGAUACUUCAGAUUUUUUGUCAUAACUUUAUACAAUAAGAGUGGAUUAAUACUCAGAAAAUAGAAUAUAUGUGCUAUAUGUAGUUUUGCUACCGUACUAUAAUUACAAGACAUUGAUGUGUCAAUCUUUUAUUGUCUUAGAGCUCGUUUGAUAAUAUUGAAAUCGGUUAAAUCGACUGAUUCUACUGAAAUUUAUGAAGUUCUGAUCGAAGUAACUGUAUUGGUUGAUCCUGCUGAUUUAUGGAAAAAAAUAUAAUAAAAGUUUAUUUUAUUAAUAAAAUAAAGAAAAAGUUAUUUGAAAAAAUAGCUAAAUGGUCAUCUACAGCUUCAGCCACUAUAGCCAGAAAUGUAAUUUCAACCUUAUAUUUUCUUAUUAUUAUACAAUUCAGCGCGCGAAAUCAAUAAUUACGUGUUUAAUUAAAAAGUUGAUUGAUAAGUCUGAUAAAAUAAAAAUUGAGUAACUGGCUCUUUGUUUUUUAAAACAAAAUUCUUUGUUUUGGUUGAGUAGGGGUGUCCCUACUACCAUACAUGUAUUUUAGAGAGGAGGGGGUUAUCAAUAAUAAUAUACGAAGUAUUGAUACUUUGCCUUCAAACCUAACGCGAUCGGCCUCCUCUUCAACUUCAACUUGGCGGCUUCCACAAUCGGCUGUCCGAUAAUAGACAGAAUGACGCGACCUGAAAGAAGUCGGGAGAGAGAAGGUGAAAGUACUAAGAGACAGAAUGUCGAUCUAUGCAGCCGCCGGGAGAGGACUUUGUUUGCUCUAUCGGCAACGCAUCUCGUUGCGAUAAAGAUCAUCGGUAAUGACAUUGAAUCAAAUUAUUUGGUGAUGAAGCUACCACAUCCCUUCAUGCGUAUGGUGGAAUUGGAGUCCAAUAUAUUCUUACUGGGCGGUAUAGAGAUCAAUGUUUCUAACGAUCUCUAUCUUUCUCAAUCCAAUGAUGCCCUUCCCGUAGAAAUCUAUGAGGUGAAACAGCAUCCCGAUUCCGUGUCCAUAGUUCCUUCGAAAACCAUACCAAAUAUGAAAGAAGGAAAGGGAAGUCCAAUGGUCCAAAAGUUUGGAAGCAAGAUAUUUGUACUGAACAGGGGCCUUCAUCUCAAAUACGACGACUUGAGUCACAAAUUCUCACCUAAUGUUUUUGAGGUGUUCGAUUCUGCUUUUCCAGAAAAAGGCUGGGUUGUGAAAUCAGGUAUACCCUUUUUUGAUGGUUCCAUUUCUAAGGGAGGGUACUACGUGCCCGGCUUCUUUCGAAUGGGGGAGAAGGUCUACAUUUACCUGACUGGUAAAAGAAACGGUUUUUAUGUUUUCAAUUUAAAAACAGAGGAAUGGUCCGAGGAUGACUUUUUUUUUGGGGAGAACAUAGUCCUCUUGGCUCACCAGUCUGUGCUGUCUCAGCUCCUGGUUUAGAUGAUGACACGUAUGUCGUUUUUGGAUUCGAAAAUGCGUUCUUUCCAGAAUUUCAUGCUGCUCUUUUCACCCAAGGAAAAGGAUGCUACUGUUAUCAAAAUGUGGACCACAUCUUCAACUUGGAAGGAUUGGGAAGGAAAGAGAUGACCUGUCAAUUUGUUGAGAUGGGGAACGGUGACUACCUGGGCCUGCUGACAGCUCGUGAAAAAGCAUCUGGCUUUUAUCUUCUUGUAUCAACCUUUUCACUUGAGGUAUUCACUACUCAUGUGCCACCCAUUCCAACUCUGGAUAAUGAGCCCAUCAAAGUGACAUUCUUAAGAGUUAACCGCAAGAGCCAACAGAAUUUCAAUAUUAGUGGGGCUGAUAUCUGUUAUUUUGUUGGAGCUGCAUGCGUUUAGGUAUUGUAUGCACCUCAGUUCUCUAUAUCUUUAAAUCCUCACAUUCUUUCACUUUGAGCAUCUAGCUGUGGUGUCAAUGAAUUUACUGAGUUAUGUGUUGAUUGAUGUUAUAUUUUGUGAUUGCUGGUUCAUUUUAUAUAAGUUGCAAAGUUGGUAAUAUUUUUGGCAUCACACAUGCUCUUGUGACUUGUGAGCUCUCUCCCUUCGGAAGAGAGAAUCUAUCUGUGAUGUCAUUAAAUGUACGUAAUAAUCUCUUUGCCAGCGAGGAAUUCUGUCCAUUAAUUGGUGUUGGUGAAAAAAAACAGCUUUUCAUUUUGGCAUUUUGUGACUGGUCAUAAGCUGUGAAGUUCAACUGAGGAAGACAUAUUCAUAAUUACGUUUCAGAGGAGAGUGGUUACUGGCUAGAAAAACCAAUUGAUGACAUAUUUAAACUCUUGCUGUUUAAUCCGUUUUCAAUUGUUAUUAUUGUCAAUUGAGGGAGUUCAAUCGUUUUAAUCCAUUAAUGUUUAAUCAUUCUAUGAAUGAGAUGAUAAAAAUGGCACCCAAAGUAAACAUUAUAACACCCUUUUGGAAAGGAAGGAAAAGGAAUAGCCAUAGUAAUGAUAUAAAGAAGUGAGAACUGAGAGCAAAAAAAAAAACUGCACUUUGUGUUUAAAUCAAGACAACAAAUUUAAAAACAUUCUAUUAGCGUUUUCGCUUUUAUUUUGGAUAUAUAGUAGGGAAAAUGGAAACUAAUAAUUCAUCCUUUUAGCUGUCUUCUUUCAAUAAUCUCACCUUUUGAUUAUUCAUGAAUAAUCCAACUUUUGCACCUCAUCUUCAUUCACUUGUCUCUGGUCGGUUAAUGACCUACUAUUCCAAGUUAUUUUCUUAUCUUUUCAAAUCAUUAUACCAUAAAUCUCAUCUUUCAUAAAGAUAAUAUUUUGCAAAGAUAAGAAAAUAACUUGGAAUAGUAGGUCAUUAACCGAUCAGGGACCAAUGAAUGAAGAUGAGGUGUAAAGGUUGGAUUAUUCAUGAAUAAUCAAAAGGUGGGAUUAUUGAAAGAAGACCGCUAAAAUAUUGGAUUAUUAGUUUCUAUUUUCCCUAUAUAGUAUACAACUUCGGGAAAUAUACUCAUAGAACUAACUUACAUCAGUGAUUUUAUUAUUAACGAUUCAAAUUAUUUAUUAAUUAGCAGCAGCAACAACACCAUUACCCCAGUCCCGUAAAGGUCCCACCUACGGUGGGGGUAAGGAGGGGUCAGAUGUAAGCAACCUUACCCCUGUGCUUUAUACUAAAGCGCAUAGAGGCCGUUUCCAAAUUUUAUGAUGAUGUGAAAAAUUUUAUGAUGAUUUUAUUAUUAACAAUUCAAAUUAUUUAUUAAUUAGCAGCAGCAACAACACCAUUACCCCAGUCCCGUAAAGGUCCCAUCUACGGUGGGGGUAAGGAGGGGUCAGAUGUAAGCAACCUUACCCCGUGCUUUAUACUAAAGCGCAUAGAGGCCGUUUCCGCCUUUUAUGAUGAUGUGAAAAAAUUUAUGAUGAUUUUAUUAUUAACAAUUCAAAUUAUUUAUUAAUUAGCAGCAGCAACAACACCAUUACCCCAGUCCUGUAAAGGUCCCACCUACGGUGGGGGUAAGGAGGGGUUAGAUGUAAGCAACCUUACCCCCUUUUAUGAUGAUGUGAAAAAUUUUAUGAUGAUACGGAAAGUUUAACAUUCAUGUCUCAAUUAAUAUGUGAAGAGAAUUUCCUUUUUUCCCGAAAGUCUUGCUACGUGCUUAUGCUCAAGUUGCUUUAAAUCCUUAAUUUUGAAACUACAGUCGCAAAACAAUUAAAAGGAAGUUAUAAGAAUAUAUAUAUAUAUAUAUAUAUAUAUAUAUAUAUUGAGCGAGAGUUAUCCUCUCCAAAUCUUCGACUUGUCUAGAGCGUUCCUACGCCGCUAGGGUUCGGUGCGUCCGAUCUCGGCAAUUGGCUGAGGAUCGCGAGCGAGUGGAGGCGGCGAGCGGUUGUCGUGGUUUUGCUGGACGAACGGAGGUAUACGAAUGGAAGAUUUUGUGGCUUCAUACAAGAAACUUUCGAUGAACGAGCAAGAGAAUGAGUUGAAUUUUGAUGAAGAUGCAGCGGAGGACGUCGAGGAGGAUGCAGGGCCGACUGGUUUUCCGGCGGUAGCAGUGGUGAUUUCAGAUCGGAAAAUUAAACUGGCAGGGUUUCAGGAGAUGAUGAUAGCGGUUUGGAAACCUGUUAAAGGUAUGACUAUCAAGGAAAUCAGCGACAAAAGGCAUCUGUUAAUUUUUAAUCACUGUUUGGAUAUGAAUCGUGUUAUUGAGGAUGGUCCUUGGCUAUUUGAGCGCGAUUUGAUAUUACUAAAAGCUGUUCAGCCUGAUGAUAUACCUGAAUCAAUGAAUUUGUAUGAGGCUAGCUUUUGGGUACAGGUUCACAAUGCUCCUAUAAAGUAUAGGAAUUUGCGAUCUGCUAGAAGAAUUGGUAAUUUUGUGGGCUCUUUCAUUAAAUUUGAGAUGAGCCAAUUUGAUGGUAGGCAGACUUCCUAUCUGCGUAUUAGGGUGUCUAUGGAUGUUCGCCAGCCUUUGAAAAAAGGCACUAAUCUGACACAGGAUGGUAUUAAGCAUUGGGUGGACUUUAAAUAUGAGAAGUUGCCCAGUUUCUGUUUCAUUUGUGGCAUUAUUGGUCAUUCUGAUAAAUUCUGCCCGUUGAAGUAUGAAGAGGGUUUUGUUGCUGAAAAAACAUUUGGAGUGGAACUUAGAGCGGGAGGAAGAGUGAAGACCAGCCCUACAGGAGCAUACAAAUGGACUUCUGCGGGAGCUUCAAGCUCUGAAGGGUAUGGCAGCCAAUGGAAACCUGCUUCUGGAGGAGAGUAUUCGGCUGAGUCCAAGGGCAUCAAACCGGUACUAUUUGAGAGCACCAACGAGGAGGAGAUGCCUGGGGAGCUCAAGCGCAGGGGGACUUGGGAAGCUCAGGCUGGACAAGGCGUCGUUGAUGAAGACAUGGGCAUGGAGGGGUCAAAAAACGGAGGGGAGGCGGGUCUGGCUUCCUAGACCCGCCAAGACUGUGUUGGAAGUUUGUGGGGAAGAAAUCUUGUUUUGGUUUCUUUAUUUUCUUCUGUUUCGAAUUUAGUACUCUGCAUUGUUCUGUUUUGUUUUUCUGUUAUGCGUUUAUUCCUUGUAAGACUCUCGCAUUAAGUUUGGGGGAGGGAGAGGCUGCGGUAACCGUCAUUAGCUCUAUGUUGCCCAAAUUUGGUCUAGCGAGUUAUACUGCUUUUGCACAGGUGGUUAGCUCUCAGUCUCGGCCACGAGCGGAUGGUUAUUUGUGGUUCUUUUCUAGUUUUAUCCUCCUGCUGAAUGCUACUUUUAUGAAUUAAGGAUUCUUCGAGCAAAAAAAAAAAGAAAAUAUAUUUUUGGAAAAGAAUAAAUGAUUUUUUUCGCAAAACUUUAAUAAACGUGUUAGUAUUUGUAGUGAUAUAUGGAAGGACAGAUAUCAUCAUUUGUAGUGAUAUAUAGGAGAACAUGUAUCACUUUAGUAUUAUUUGAGUAUGAUUGCAC